AUGGAUCGGAUCAAAGCAGGCGUUGGCUUUGUCAAGGCCAAGGCGACGAGUUCCCGCGAAUACUCGAUGAUCGCCAAAAGCGACGGGGACGACGAGCUGGAAUACGAGCACCAGGAAAUCCAGAACAAGGGCCCCCAACGGCGGUGGCUCCCUCUGACGACCUCGUUUCUGCUCGGAGUCUUCAUCAUGGCAGUCGUGUCCGUGGCCUGGGACUUGACCUCGCUGCGCAAAUCAGCAGCAGCGAAUCGCAAAAUCCCACAGAUUCGGCAAGGAACAGACGCGAAAACGGGCCUCCCGCUGAGCUGGUCCCACGGCGACUGCGGAAACUCGCCGGCCGAUGCCCAAACGCUGGGGUGCCGCUACAGCAUCGUGCUUCACGCAUGGCUCCCUCGGGACUGCCUCACGGACGACGACCUGGCAGACGAAGGCCUCAUGUACCGAGGGCGGGACUGGCCCUACGAGACCGACGGCAAGAACCUCACCAUGGACGAGCUGCGAGGCGGCCGCUAUCAUCACUUCACCACCACCUUUGACUGGCACGUCACUCAUUGCAUGUAUGUGUGGAAGCGGCUGCACAGGGUGAUGCUGGACGCGACCCAGAAGCUGGAUUCUUAUACGGCGAAUUUCCAUCAUACCGGUCACUGUGUCAAGAUGAUUGGGGGGGGAUCGGGGCAUCAAGGGAUGAAGAACUCGGGGACCAAGAUUUUUGUGAAAUAUCCGGUAUGUGCUUAG